AUGAGGCUUCAUCCAGGUCGCAGGAAGAAGGCAUUUAAGGCAGAUUGCACCCGGAUUUGGGGCAACCUUUUCGACUAUUCGUAUGCGCAGUACAAAGACAACCACACUCCAGUCGCCAUACGGUGCCAAAUGCAUGGGAUAUUUUGGAUGAAGCCGCGGGAUCACAUCCAGCGCCGACAAGGAUGCCCCAAGUGUGGAAGCCUUCACGUGCCAGGGUCUCUACAGGAACGGGCAGCCAUGAUGCUGACACCCAGCUCCACGCCUUCACAUGGCCAGCAUGUCCUCCGCUCUCACAAAGUGGCCUUGGAGAUUGCUGCUGCCACUCUGAGGGAUGUGGAGGCAAGCGGGGCAAGCUGGGUAGCUGAGAUUGGAGUGGGAGCCGGCGCGUUGACGGCUGCCUUGCUACAGAACUCUGCGUGUGCGGGCGUAGUUGGCUUUGAGCUAGAUGAGAAAAUCUUGUCCCAGGCCUUGGAGAAAGGUGGCGUAAUGCGCAGAUAUCAUCCGGUUUGCAGGGAUAUCCCCGAGUCAGCUCGUGCACUGUCCAGGGAGGCCUGGGAAGAGUUGCUGGUAGGACACAGCCGCUGCUUUAUCUUCAAGGGCGACUUCCUCACCUGCCGAGCGGUGCCCAGCCGCUGCCGAACGGUUGUCGGCAAUAUUCCUUACCGAAUCUCGACUGCUGUGGUCAGCAAGCUGUUGUGCCAGGAGCCGCCCAUAGGCAGGCUUGUCCUGACGGUGCAAGCUGAAUUCGCACGAAAGCUUCUUGCGAAACCGGGCUCUCUGAAGUUUGAUCGCGUCUCGGCGCUGGUCCAGGCAGCCUGCCAAAGUGCCCAACUCGCGAUCCCCGACAUGCUUUCACCGGACGUCUUCUCACCACCCCCGCGCGUCGACUCUGCCGUGGUCCUCUUGGAGCCCCGAGAAUCCAUUCGGCAUCAAGGGGUGGCCCUGCCUGCAGCUGCCUUGGACCAGCUGCUUCGACUCCUUCUGGACGGUGUUCGUGGGCCUGGCCGUGGAGACUCUUUGGAAACUCGACUGACGGAGGUUGAGCGUGUGGGAACGCAGAUUCUCCCAAGCUCGUGGCGCGUGGCCAUGGCCAGGGCGGGCGUGGACCCGGCCAAGCCGGCCAUGACCAUGUCACCUGAGGAGUUUGUAGCGCUGGCAGCUGAGCUUCACAGCCUAGGCUUCGCCUCAAUUGAUAUGGUCUCUUCCUACAUUACUCCACCGCAUCAGCUCCGUGUUCGGCUGAAGCCUGGAAAGAGCCACGAUGACCUCUUCGUGGAGGAG